UGAUAAGGUGAGCUAUACAUAAAGCCACUAUCAGCUCCCACUGACCCGGACACACACACACACACUCUCAAAGAGAGCCACAAGAAGCCAGCAACCAUGGCCAGUAAGAAAACAGCUGCGAAGCGGAAGAACACCCAGCGGGCCUCCUCGAAUGUUUUUUCCAUGUUUGAGCAAUCACAAAUUCAGGAGUUCAAAGAGGCUUUUGGCUGCAUUGAUCAGGACCGAGAUGGCGUGAUUAAGAAAUCAGACCUGAAGGAAACGUAUGCACAAUUAGGAAAACUGAAUAUAAGUGACGAGGAACUGGAUGCCAUGUUGGCUGAGGGUAAAGGACCAAUCAACUUUACUGUCUUCCUGGCUCUCUUUGGAGAAAAACUCAAUGGUACCGACCCAGAAGACACCAUUCUCAAUGCAUUCAAACUGUUCGACCCCGAUGGCACUGGAUUUGUCAAGAAGGAUGAGUUCAAAAGGCUUCUAAUGAACCAGGCAGACAAGUUCACAGCAGAAGAGGUGGAGCAGGCUUUUUCUUUAGCCCCGAUUGACGUGUCCGGGAAUAUUGACUACAAAUCUCUGUGUUACAUUAUCACCCAUGGCGAUGAGAAGGAAGAAUCGUAAAUACGAAAAAAAAAAACAUACCUCAAUCAGGCUUAACACCGUAUUGAAUACAAUACUAUGAGUUUGGUGUGUGUGUAUGUAUGUGUGUGUAUGUAUGUGAGAGAGAGACGGUUUGUGGGAAAGAAAGGUGUUAAUUUCAUUAAUGAUGUUCAACAUUAGAAGAAUGUUCCCAAUUCUGACACCAGAUUACUUCCUGUACUAAAAAAAAGAGCAAGAGAGAAAACUUGAUUAUAAUGGAAGUCUAAGGGCAGUUGUUGUUGUCUGUCAAUAAACCUUUAUGCAAAACACA